GACACAACCAGGACUCCCCGACAAUUAGAGAUUAGAACCUCACAGAGCCCUUGAAGCUGCGAGCAUUUCUUGAGGUCGGUUGAGAACCGGUGGCUCCUCAUGGAGGAGCUUUGCUACGGCUUCGAGCGGGAAGACCCCACUGAAUUCCUUUGGUGGGACCAGGCGGACGCCGAGGCCCAGCUGGAGAACUUCCUGCUGGACUGGCCGUGCCUGGAGGACCCGUCCUCCUGCGCGGGGACGGCCCAGGGGGGAGCAGAGGGUGCCCCCGGCCCGGCGCAGCCCCCCGGGCGCCGCCGGCAUCGCCGUGCCGCCAACCUGCGCGAGAGGAGGAGGAUGCUCAGCAUCAACGCGGCCUUCGAGCGGCUGCGGGGCCACGUGCCCACCUUCCCCUACGAGCAGCGCCUGUCCAAGAUCGACACGCUGCGCUUGGCCAUCGCCUACAUCGCGCUGCUCCGCGACAUCCUGCUCUCCGGCUGCCACCCCCGGGCCUACGUGGAGCAGUGCCUGAGGAAGGGCUGGCAGGGCCAAGCGCCCGCAGCCUGGAACACCAGCGAUCUCACAGCCCGCCUGUCCUGGGUAAAGUGGGAUUAAGGGCACCCAAAAGGAAGACCUUUGAAGGCAGCAGACUGCAGAACCAGAUGAGGACCUGCCCGCUGGGUGCCGGCUGUUCCACUCUCAGGGCUGCGAGCCCGGCCAGUUCUCAGCCCUGAAACGAUGGGUUGCAAAUAAACCCGUGGCACUUACGACUCAGUUAUUGUCCCACAUCGCUUGCUCGCCUCAUGCCCAGCACCCAACCCCUUUGGGUGUUAAGUCAGCCCUGCUUAGGGCCUUCUGCUUCUCUUUCUUCCAGUUUCUCACCCUCUGAUAAAGCUCCUCUAGCAUGGAAACAACAAACCAUUAAAAAUCAGUGUCAGCACAAUCACAGCAACAAUAGUUUCUCUUCUGCUGGGUGAGAACUGUGCCCAAAUCACAGUUCCAGUGCGUGGGAAAACAUCCCCCUGAGCAGAAGAGAAAACGAAGCAACUCCCAUUGCUUGGCUCCAGAUGUCCAGGGGCACCACUGGCAAAGCCACCAGGAGGGGACAGGGGGCUCUUUCCGUGUGUUUAACCAAAAUUUCCCACAUCUUCAGAGGAUCACGGAAUGGUUUGGAUUGGAAGGGACCUAAAAGAUCACCCAGUUCCAACCCCAGGGACCUUCUUCAUCCUCAGGCUGCUUCCCCCCCCCCCCCCGUGAGGCAACUUUGGGAGGUCUGAGGAAGAGGCAUUUUGGUAUGGAAAGGUCCAGGACCCACUUGGGCACCAUCUCCUCCUCUCCUCUCCUCCACAGCACCUCAAAUGCUCAUGGAAAAACAACCUCUGGCUUUUGAUCUUUUUGGAGUAAUUUGUAACAUUUUUGAGCUAAUUUUUAAAGGA